AUGGGAUACUCCGCCACGCGUCGCGCCUACUUGUACGGAGCGAUAUUAUAUGGGGUCCAGCAGAACCUCGAGGUGAUCCACGACGCUGCGCUGACCUUCAAACGUGGACGCGGGAAAAAGAAGUAUUGGCAUGGAGAUGUGGGUCACUAUCUUACCCAGGCUGCCUACGACCUGUCGCCCAGCGUGCGAGUGAUCGAUUGCUACUCGAGCGAGAUGCAGGUCGGAUUGCAGGAUAUGUCGGCUACGAUCAGCAAGAUGAAGGCUGACAUGGGACCGGUGGACCUGAUGAUUGGUUCGCCCGCCCCGCUGUUGUAG